AUGCAAAUGCCUGAUAUUCGAAAACCUUAUUUUCGUAUUGAAACACCUUCAAAUACACAAAAUCCAAAUGAGAAAAUUAUAGUUCAUUUACCAAAUGAUCCAUUUGUAGCAGAAAACGUUUCUAAUUCUUCUGCUGGUUGCUAUACUAUGGGUGAUAUACUUAUGGAAGAUCCACCCAAUUCUGGACAGUAUCUAAUAUUAGGACGUCAAGAUGAUACAUUAAUUCAUAUCAAUGGUAAAAAGACAAAUCCAAUUCCAAUGGAAGAGACAAUUCGAUGUUCGCCUCUUGUUAAACAGAUAGCUAUUAUAGGUCAUAAUCAAUUUUGUACAGCUGCUUUAAUUGAAUUGAAUGCUGAAGAAGUAUCGAAUUAUGAAUUCAAUGAAAUAGAAGAAAAGAUAUGGGAAGUUGUAGAACAAGCUAAUAAAAAAGCACCAUCUCAUUCACAUCUUGUUCGAAAACUUGUUAAAAUUUUACCAAUGAACAAAACUUUACCUAUUACACAUAAAGGUAAUUUAAUGAGACAAAGAGUAAAUCAAGAAUAUUCAACAUUGAUUACAAAAAUGUAUGACGAAUUUUUAAAUCAACCACGAAAUAUAACUACAAAUAAAAAGGAGCAAUCAAUAUGGACAAGAGAAACAAUAACAAAGUGUUUAGAAGAUAAGCUAAAAUCAGUUGUACAGACAUCUGAUACAAUAAAAGUAAAUAAUUCUUCACGAUCAAUCUUUGAUUUUGGUGUUAAUUCUUUACAAAUUAUUGAACUAAGAAAUUUCAUUUGUCAAAAUAUUUGUCAAAUACCAAAGAAUUUUCUUUAUGAAUAUUCUUCAAUCGAUCAAAUGACUGAACAUUUAAUCAGAUAUCUACAACCUGAAAGCCUUGCAACUCAUACUGAUCAACUAUCUGAUCCAUAUCAUUACAAAUUAACUGAGCAAAUUAUUGAUAAAUAUAUUGAUUUAAUGAAACAAUCUUCAACAAAAGCAACUGAAACAAGAAAAAACCAACAAUCAGAACGUGUCUUUAUUGUUACUGGUGCCAAUGGUUCGUUAGGGAAUUUUAUAACUCGAGAUCUACUUAAAGAGCCAGCAUUAGUUGUGAAACGUGUCUAUUGCCUUCUACGUGGCUCGGAUACAAAACAACGUCUCUUUGAAUCAUUUGCACAACGACAAAUAAAAACUUCUAUUUUAACACAAUCACAAGAACAACGUCUUGUUGUUUUGCCCUUAUCAACGAAUUUAAGUGAAGAAAAUUUAGGUCAAACUGAUGAUAUCUAUCAAGAAUUACAAAAUGAAGUAACAGAUAUUAUUCAUUCAGCAUGGAAAAUGGAUUUUAACCAAACCGUAAAAGAUUUUGAAUACGAUUCAAUUUUUUCAGUUUAUAAUCUUUUAAAAUUAGCGACUUUGAACAAUAUGCAAUUUCAUUUUAUUUCAAGUAUUGUAUCAGCUGGUUCUGGUCUAUUGACUAUUGUUAAAGAAGAACCAUUACCGAGAAACGCAGAGGUUGCAUUAGCACAAGGAUAUGGACAAAGUAAAUAUGCAAGUGAACAUUUAUGUUGGGCAGCGAUGAAUCUAUGGAACAUACCAGUCAACAUUUAUCGUAUUGGUCAAAUAAGUGGUGAUACCCAGAAUGGUGUUUGGGAUAUAACUGAGAUGAUUCCGAUGAUGAUAUAUGCUGGUGCUGGACAGUUGAAGAAAAUGCCGAAUAUUGGAGAAGACGUUAACUGGAUACCUGUUGAUGUUUGUAGCGCUUCACUAGUUGAAUUAGCUUUGAAAUCCUCUUUUGAUAUUUCAACGCCGAUAAACGAACGUGUAUAUCAUCUCCUUAAUCCGCAUGUUACUACAUAUGAAGAUUAUCUAAAUUCACUUCGAGCAGGGGGUUUAAAUUACGACACUGUCUCUCUCGAAACAUUCAUUAACACGAUCUUAGCAGCUACAGACGUAACAAAUCCACUUGUUAAAUUAGCUUCAUAUUUUGAACAAUCGUUUAGCAAGAAAGAGACAUUAAAAUUACCAAAAUAUGAAAUAGUGAAAACAGUUGAGCGAUGUAAAAUUUUAGAAAGUUGUCCACCAAUUGAUUCAAAUUUAAUUAACUUAUAUUUAAAUUAUUGGAAACAAUGCCAGGUACUAAAAACAUGA